CCCGCCACCUCCUCUCCUCCUGCGCUGUUGCCCCGACUGCCCUGCCGGGCCCCGAACUCGCUGGCGCCUGGGCGCGCGGCCCCUCGGCCCAAGGGGCUGGCGACGCGGUUGGGACGAUGUGGCGCAUGCGUGGUGGCGCCACCAGGCGCGGGAGCUGCGGCGGAGGGGACAGCCGCGGGCAGGGCCGCCCGGGCCGCGUUCGUGGGGGUGGCGGCAGCGGGGGCUGGCGAGGCCGCGCGGGCGGCGCCCGACAGCAGCUGGAAGAGCGGUUCGCCGACUUGGCAGCGAGCCACCUAGAGGCCAUCCGCGCGCGGGACGAGCGGGACCGACAGAACGCGCGGCUGCGUGAGGAGAACGCCCGACUGCGGCUCGAGAACCGGCGGCUGAAGCGCGAGAACCGCAGCCUCUUCCGUCAGGCCUUGCGGCUCCCCGGCGAGGGUGAUGACGGGGCGUACGCGGAGGCGGCGAGGGCGACCCCGGGCCCCGAGGAGGCCAGCACGAACAGGAGGGCUAGGGGCGGCGGCCCCGAGGACGAGCAGGGCAGCCCCAGGGCCCUGAGAGCCCGGCUUGAGAAGCUGGAGGCCAUGUACCGCCGGGCCCUGAUGCAGUUGCACGUCGAACAGCGGGGGCCGCGCCCGCGUGGGGACAAGGAGGAGCCCUGUCCACGCAGACCCGACUCAGGCCAGCGAACCCCGGAGCCGGAGCCCGAGCCCUCGGAACCCUGGCUGUAGCCGGAGGCCGCAGCCCGGGGGAGGCGGGGCUUCGCGCGGGCCCCUCCUCCUCCGUUCACGGUUGCCCCCAGCUAGCGCGCGCCUGAGCCGCGCGCUCCCGCCUCCUGCCCGGCCCGGUCACUUCCGGGGGCGCGUCGCGUUCGGGCUGCAGAGGCUGAGAAGGGCGCGGGGCCGUCUGAGUCCCCAAGUGUACAAAGCAACUUUCUCUGGCCGCCGCUCGUUUCUGUAGAGAGAGGCCAGGCAGCGGAGGGGCGGGUUUUAAAACAGCAAGAAAUGGGUGCCAGUCAACACGUCCUAAUGCCUGAACUUUUCUGAGUGUUGUGAGGACCUGUGGUAUUUUUUCCCUCUGUUUUGGUUCUUUGAGGGAUGAAUAAUACAUUUUGAAUUGGUUGAGUUUGUUCAUUCUUCAGUCUCCCAAAGCCUCCAGCCGCUCUCUCUUAUGUGGCCAACAUUCUAAGUAUUUGGUUUGUUUUUAUAAGUCGGUGUUACUUGGAUAGCCUAUGAAGUACCACCCUUUUAUGAAAAAGGUGAUAUAUAUAAUUUAGAAACUCAUGUCUGCCCUGGCUCUGGUCCUUAUACAUCUAAUAUAUACUGAUUUGUUUACCCCACUCUGCUCCCCUCCCCCAGCCCUGGGAAUUUUUAAACUAUCUGCCUAUAGUAAUUCUUUGAUCGGCAAAUAAAUUUGGUGCACUGAAAAUAACCUAAAGCUAUCCCACGACUGUUAUUUAAAGUGUGUGAAAUGUUUCCACGUUUCUUUAAGAAAUAUACAUGUAUGUAUAUAUUAUACCUAUUUUUAAUAUCAACUUGAUUAGCCUUUGUAAACUAAUUUUCUUUUCGCUUUAUGAAACAGUGAUCUUUUAAAAUAAUCUAAAGAUUAGACAGUCUAAACAUUUUAUAUUUUUUAUACGUUUUAGACUUGACAGCAUAGCAGACAGCUACUUUGCCUAAUAUUGCUAAUGUUUAAGAAUUUUUAAGAAAUUAUGAAUUAUAUGUAUAUCAGAAGUCCCAAAACAAAGUGAUUUAAGUCUCAGUUGUAAUUUCAGUGCAGGAAAAAAAAAAUGUGAUUAUCUUAAAUAUUCUAAAAUCAGUUGAUUGUACUUUGUUAAUGAAUAACACCUUUGCCUAGUAAUGAAGAGGAUACCAUUGUACCUGGUAAAAAUCAUAGGUGUAAAAGGGUGUUUAAGUGGUGGAGAACACUUCAGUUUAAGGAGGCAGAAAAAAAUGAGAAGAGUUUCUGUUACAGCUAGAAAAAAAUCAUGAGUUAGAAUGUUUGUUUUAUUUGUGGAAUAUUCCAGAAGUUUCAUAGCAUAUAUUAUAAAACAAGUUGCCAAAGAAAGUAGUUUUGAGAUUUUUUCUAAUCCUGGGUAUUGAAGACACUUUGUGCAUUUUGCUUAAAAGUAAUUGAUAGUUUUGAACAUUAAAAUCUUCCCCUAUGACCAAGAAAUAUGAGAAGAAACUUGGUGAGAAUAAGUAGGUAUAUGAAAAGUAUUUCUAUCCCCUUUACGUCGUUUUCUAAUAGCGAAAGAAUUAAAACAUUUUUAGGAGGCAGUAGGAAUUGAAGAAUGGAAAAAAGCAUAUUGGCCCUACUUCUACUUUGGAUGUAAAUUAGUUAAUCUCUCUAAGCCUUAGUUUUCUCACCAUUAAAAUGAACAUACCAUCUACCUUAAAAUGUUAUAAAAAUUUUAUUGAAAUGCUAUCUGCAGAAUACCUGCUUCAGAAUAAGAUCUAUCAGUAAGAAUUAUAAUCCAAAUUGCGAAAUUUCAAGUGCAUAUUUUACUGUCACUUUACUUUCCUUCUGUAUUUUGUUCCUCUAUGACUUUAUGGGUAUUAGCAGAUAUGUAUAUUUUGAAUGUGUUGACAUUUUUCUCUCCUUUUAAACAAACAGGGGAGAUAAAGCCUUUAUAAUAAGGGAAUAAUACAAAAAGUUUAAAAUAUUUCCUGAUUGUGGCAACUGGCGAUUCAAGAACUAAGCAAAAUAUUUAGUUUAACUAGUUUUAAACACCCUUUGUUUUAAAAUCAUGUAUAAGUAUGGUGAAAAAAACUUUUGUAAUAAGGCACACACACAAAUGAGGAAUUUUUUUGAGCAUAAUUCCUGAAAAGUCUUAAAAAUUCUGAAACCCAAAUGCCCCUAUAAAUGGGUUAAGGCUCAACUUUGUUGAAUUUCCCCAAUGAUACCUGAUGAGAAGUAUCAUGUAGUAAUAUAAAAGAUGUUUUGUUAUAUCAAAAUAUGUACCUGUUUAAGAAAUGGGUAAAGUUGAUUUUAGAAAAGUUUUGUCUAGGCUCUAGUUUGAUCUAAAAUAACCUAAAACUGCAGAUUAUCAUACUUUGUUACAAUGACAUUUUCAUAACUUCAGAUUUGUUAUGCAAUGAGAAGAGGGCUUAUAAUAGAAAUGAGCAACAAAAAUAUGUGUCAUAUUAGCAAGCAAAUUCAGUGAGGAGGGUUGGCAUUUUUUUAAUCAGCAAUCUUUAUUGCUGCUACUCACAAACGUAUACCAUCUUUAUGUUUUUAUCUGUAAAAAUUAGGAUGUAAAUCAAAGCAGUAUAAAAUGGGGUCUUUUGUAGAUCAUAGAACAAGCUGUCCUUGCUAUACUUCUUGAACAUAAUGAAUAUUCGAAGAAUACUUGAAAAUAUUCUUUGUAUUGUUUAGUCUUAGACAUAGAUUUGCCAAUUUAUGAGUAUUGCCAUGAUGAAACUAAUACCAAAUUAUUCAAUAAAUUAAAUCAUCAGUAUAUACUAAAUAAUUGUUAGCAACAUGAUUUUGAUCCCAGUGCCAAAAUACCAUUUUCUAUUUUGA